AUGUGGCCAUCAAAUGGCGGACACGAAGAGUCUCAGGGCUGGACCCGCGAACAGCACCAGUGGUCGAGCCAACAGUCCUCCUAUUGUCUAUCAGUGCCGCACGAGUCGGUCGAUUGGGCACAACUGGCCAAACAGUGGAUCCAAAUGCAGGGCCAAUCACCGCACACACCGCCGCCACCACCACCUCAUCAUCGCAUGCCUCAGCCCAUGGUCUCCAUGGCGUCCCAAAUGCCUCCCAUUGUCUCACAACAACUACAUCCACGUCCGCCGCCACUGCCGCCACACUUCGCGCCGUUAGCUCCCGGUGUAGGCCCUCACCGGCCGCUCGUCAUACCGGAGGACAUGUCGCGACCCGUCUAUCAGACCCCCAUUGAGGCCAACAACUGGAACCGGAGUCGACCGCCGGUUACUAUUAUCCACCACUCGUUGCCACCGAUGGCGCCGAUGCCACCCAUACCUCAGCCACUGCUGCCCACACCUCCACCGCCGAUGCGAGCGAUGCGUCCCCCAAUGGGUCUCAACUAUCAGCCGCCGUACGACUGGAGGGCACCGGGAGGUCCGCCACCGAUGCACUCACCAAAUAGCGGGCCGAGCGAUGGCGGCAAACCAGCCAUGGAUCAGAUGAUGGAGUCGAUGGCGGCGUUAGACGCGGCCAAGAAGAAGAACCUUCCGAUUUGGCUCCGGGAGGGUCUCGAGAAGAUGGAGAGAGAGCGGAACCGGCAGAAGGAGAGGGAGAAGGAGGAGCACGAGAGGAUGGAGAGGGCGCGGGCUGUCCGGCACAAGGAGGAGGAGCUCCGGCGGGAGAUAGAGUGGGAGCAGAAGUUGGCCAACAGGUACGCCAGCGAUGAUGAUGACGAUCGGGACAGCAAUGAGGGGUCAGUCGGUGGCCACCGAUCGGGUGGUGAUGAGAGCGCGCCCGUAGAUGAGGAGCAGAUGAUGUUAAGAGUGCGUAAAGUAUUGACACAAUUGCUGUUAGAGGUGACAGACAGUGAGAUCGAGUCGAUAGCCACCGAUGCCUACAAUAAAGCGCUCGAUAGAGUUCCAGCGGUUAGGCUGUCCAUCGAGUCGACAAGUUUUAAGAAACCGACGGCAAGUGGUGGACUGACAGGCCUUUCGGGUUAUGGCAGCGAAUCGGAUGACAGUGCGGACCAAAUGGACGAUAGAUCUGAUGAAAAGCGUUCAGAAACGGAUCAAAACACCAAUAAUGGACACAAAAGCGACUCAAACAGAGAAAAGGAUUGCAAUAAAAGUAAAGACAAAAGCGUUGAACGAAAC